GUCCAAGGAACGCUCGACCAUUGCCUAUAUAAAGAAAACGCAAAGCAACAAAUCCUCAAUUCGAUUGCUCACCCUCAAUAUCCGAACCCUAAUCAUAAACCUUGCGUUUUAAUUAAUCUGAUCAAUCGAAAGCUUUCACAAAUCGACUCAGCAAUUUCGGGACACGAUCAAUCAACAGUAUGGCAACGGAAGCAGCUAAAAGAUUCUCAGUGAAGACGGACACAUCAGUUUUCAAGAGGCUUGGAAGAGGAAAUCAAGAAAAUAUCGCAAGAAGUCAUCAAGUGAAAAAUCUGGUCUGCAAGUAUUGGUUGAAAGGAAGAUGCACGAGAAAUCCUUGCAAAUUUAAGCACCCGGAUCAAGCAAUCAGUAAAUCAAAAUAUGCAUGGAAGAAUCCAAAUACAUUGAAGUCAGAGAAUUCACCUCCCAUUGAGAAGACCCAAACAAAAUUUUUGAAGAACAAAGAGAACUCCAACCUAAAUCAGAAUGUUCACAAGUCCCAACACAAAUUGUUGACAAAUGAAGUAAACCCUGGUCAAACUAAAAGCAUCCCCAAGAAAAACAGCAAGAACUUGCAUCCGGGGUUCUAUGGCAAGGGACUGUCAAUGGUGACCCGUUUAGAAGGGCAUACAAAGGCUAUAACCGGGAUUGCUUUGCCAUCUGGAUCCAACAAGCUCUUUUGUGGUAGCAAGGAUAAAUCUUUACGAGUUUUGGAUUGUAAUAGUGGACAGUGUGGAGCAGUUUUUGCCUUUGAUGACGAAUGUGGGACUUUAGUCAACGAAGGUCAAUGGAUUUUUGUUGGUCUACGAGAUAUGAUUAAAGCUUGGAAUCUCAACACACAACAUGAAGUAAUUAUUCGAGGAAGCGGUGGACAAGUUAAUGCAAUUACGAUGUUUGAAGACGUUCUUUUCGCCGGAAUGGAGGAUGGUACCAUUUUGUCAUGGAAAUCAACUUCAGAAACGAGUUUCUCUGCAGUGGCAACAUCUUUGAAAGGCCACACAGGACCUGUACUUUCCCUUGUUGUUGGAGCUAAAAAGCUAUAUUCUGGUUCUGCUGACAAUACCAUACGAGUAUGGGAUGCUGAAACCCUAGAGUGUAUUCAGGUUUUAAGUGGACAUUCGGGUGAUGUGACAACAGUUCUUUGUUGGGAUCAGUGUUUAUUGUCGGGUUCCUUGGACAAAAAGAUCAAGGUUUGGGGUGAAACUGAAAAUGGCAACAUUGAGGAGGUUUAUCAACACAAUGUAGAUGAUGAUGUUGUUGCUUUUUGUGGGAUGCAUGAUGCAGAAGGAAAGCCGAUCUUGCUAUGUUCGUGCAAAGACAAUGGUGUUUGUUUAUAUGAUCUGCCAUCGUUUGUGGAAAGAGGCAGAGUUGUUUCAGGAAGAGACAUUCAAGCGAUCCAAGUGGGUCCCGAUGGUUUGUUUUUUACUGGUGAUGAAGCAGGGGUGGGAUAGUGAAUCUCUAGAGUGUAUGCAUGUCUUACAUGGACUUACGGGCAAUGUGUUUUAUUUUGGGAUCAUAUUUAUUGUCCGGUUCCUUGGACAAAAAGAUCAAGGUAUGGGUGCAACUGAAAAAGGCAACAUUGUGGAAGUUUAUGAACACAAUGUAGAUGGUGGUAUUCUUGCAUUUUGUGGGAUGCACAACUUUGAAGGAAAGCUGAUCUUGUUAUGUUCAUGCAAAGACAACGGUGUCUGCCUAUACGAUCUACCCUCGUUUGUGGAAAGAGGUAGAGUUGUUUCGAGAAGAGACAUUCAAGCUCCAAGUAGGUCCUGCAGGUCUGUUUUUUUACGAGAGAUGACGCUAAAUGGAGAGUCAUGAUGCAAAUCAUGUUAAUGAUAAAGGACCAU